AUGGGAGGUUCCUUCGGCGUAUCAACUAUACCUCGCUCGCGGGCAGCAUCCAGCGGGCCUCUCGCACCCCCCAAGUCUGAAACACCCGUCCCCGGCCUGGGAGGAAGCCCGUCGAACACCGGUGGUCCUGGUACCCCUCGACUGGGGGAUGGAGGCCGCCCGUUGAACGUCACGGAUGCGCUGAGCUAUUUGGACGCGGUGAAGAUACAGUUUGCGGAGAAGCCGGAUGUCUACAAUCAGUUUUUGGAUAUAAUGAAGGAUUUCAAGAGCCAGCUGAUCGACACACCAGGCGUCAUCGAACGCGUCUCCAUGCUCUUUCACGGAAACCCCGGCCUCAUACAAGGAUUUAAUACCUUCCUUCCGCCGGGCUACCACAUAAAUUGUUCCACUGACCCUCACGACGUGAACCUCAUUACCGUCACGACACCCACUGGUACAACCACUUCCACCAUCCCGACACCGGCUUUUGGACUCGUGAACGCGUCUCCGUUUGUACCUCAAGUAGCCCAGCUUCACGCGCCGUUGCAUACCAUCUCAGAUAUCCCCUCUGCAUCUGGCUCACGGCCUCCAUCCCCACAUGGCCGACCUUCAACUGCUCCCAUCUACUAUGACCCUCUUGCAUCUUAUUCACCAGGACCUCAGGGAGUUUCCACGACUGCUCACGCAGCGUCUGUGCUGGGCAAUAUGAGUAACAAGAGCCAGAACGCGGUCGAGAGAGCACAACAAAGUGGAGAGUUCGACCAUGCUAUCCAGUACUUGAACAAAAUCAAAACGAGAUACCCCGAUGAACCGAAUACGUACAAGCAGUUCUUGGAGAUUCUGCAAAACUACCGCAAAGAGCAGCAGAUUUACCUGAAGGAAGUUUACGUCCAGGUCCAAGUCCUUUUCAAAGACACCCCCGAUCUGCUUGGCGAGUUCAAAGACUUCCUGCCUGAGAUGUCCGCCACUCGAGCAGUGCCACUCGUCGGCAUACUGCCGCACCCACAAAACUCUACAGCAACGAGCGUUUGGAACCAUGAGGCUGCUCCCCCAUCCCCUGCUCGAAAGGAAGUGCCUCCAUCUAGACGUCGGAAGAGAGAGGCGGGGAAGGAAUCUCAGCGGGCUGAACCUGGACGAGUGAGUUGCCUUGUGCAUUUCAGCCUCGCGCCGCGCGCAUCGACUAACGGUCUUCGCGCACAGGAUAAUAGAAAGAAACAAAGGGUCAGGCCUGCAAAGGGCCAUGCGCAGUCUCCGACGUUCACCAGCUUCCCCGCACCGGCUUCACCUGUACCAGGUCCAUCCCACCUGCGCCAGUCGGCGUCUUUCUCUACACCGGCGUUCCCGGGCAUACACGUCCACGAGACCUUCAGUUGGGUAGACUCGCCAAACCUAGCUGCGGCAACUGGUCCCAGCUCAGCAGCUCAUGACGAGCAGCAGUUCUUCGACCGAGCCAAGAGGACCCUCGAACCCCGGGAAACGUGGGAAGACUUUUUUAAAUUGCUGAAUAUGUACUCGAAGGAUAUCAUCGAUACCAAGCAGCUGAUUGCGAGCGCGGAACUGUUUCUCGGGCAUGGCGAGCUGCUGGCACAGUUCAAGGCACUCCUCGGUUGGGACGACAAGCGGGAAAGUGUGGAAUAUGGACCGCCGUUCAGCAUUCGGACAGGCCCGCCUGAACUAAUUCCACCUGCCCCAGUGGACGAUGGGGGAGGGCCGAGCUAUCGUCGACUGCCCGAUAGUGAGGCAAGGCUGGCCACAUCUGGCCGAGAUCAACUGGCUCGAUCCGUGCUCAACGACGAAUGGGUCUCCCACCCUACCUGGGCAUCCGAAGACGGUGGCUUCGUAACACACAAGAAGAACACUUUCGAAGAGUCGAUGCACAAGACCGAGGACGAGCGCCACGAGUAUGAGAUACAUUUCGAGGGCAUCAUCCGUACGAUCGUUAUUCUGGAGUCGCUGAAUGCUCGGAUCGAGGAGAUGUCGCAUGAAGAGCGAACACAGUUUCGAUUGAAGCCUGAUCUCGGAGGGGAGAGCAAAUGCAUCUAUCAGCGUACGAUCAAAAAGAUUUAUGGGAAGGACGCUGGGUCGGAGGUUUAUCAGGCCCUUCAGGACGUUCCGAGCGUCACCGUGCCUGUCGUUCUCCAGCGGCUGAAGCAAAAGUGCGAUGAAUGGCGUCGUGCGCAGCGGGCCUGGGGCAUUACUUGGCGGCAGACCGAGGCGAAGCAUUUUUACAAGUCGCUGGAUCAAAUGGGGAUCAACUUCAAAGCAAAUGACAAGAAGAACACCACCAACAAGUCGCUCGUCAUGGAAAUCGAGGGCAUCAAAGCAGAGCAGCUUCAGGAGAUGGAGCUUGAGGGAAAACCCACCUUCAUUUUCGGCUCGCCCGGGCACCAGCUCGAGUAUAGCUUCCAGGACACGGCCGUCCUUCAGGAUUCGCUCAAGCUGGUCUAUUCAUAUCUCGACCAUAAUCAAGCGGUUUACAGUCAGCAGGAGAGGCGUAGCGUGGAGAAGUUCCUGCGUGUGUUCGUACCCACCCUGUGCAUGUUCCCCCUUCCGGAGUUCAAUGCGGCUUGCGGGCCACUCGACCUCGAACAGGACGACGAUGACUCGGGCGAUGAGCACACGGGCGCUGCCGAUACAUUGGAGGAGACAAGUCCACACCGAGGUGGGCGCCGGUCUGCGGGCACCGGUAAUGCCAGUGGUGGUGUACACCCUGCCGACCUCCGGAAGAAGCUACUGAAGACUGCUCAAGAGAAAUGGACUGCUCGAAAGGGACAGACUCCUUCUGUCGCAGGCUCCAGAGCGGCGUCCCCCGUGGUGGACGAUCUGCAGCCGAGUGGGUCGCGUGAGGGACAGAGAGCACCCACCCAACCUGCGGACGUCUGGAUACGGGAGAGCCUUACGGAUGAAAUCAAAUCUAUUCGCGAGGCUCCGGUGAGCAAACGUCCGUUCUUCGCGAAUACGACGCUGUACACGCUCUUGCGGCUGCUCCAGCUGCUCUAUUCUCGGCUAUCGAUUUGCAAGGAGGUCGGCGCAAAGCAUGCGAGCCAGAAGUUUGAGCAUCUCCUUGCUAACCCCAUCGCGGUAGAGCUGGGUCUGGAAGACGCGCAAGGCCCGUCUGCGGUACUCGACCAGAUACUGGAAACCGUACAGGACCAGGAUCUGACCGAAGACUCGAAUGUGCUCUACAUGUAUCUCCUGGACUCGUGCGAGAAACUGUUCGACGGUGAGAUGGACCAGGCUACUUUUGAGGAGCACAUGCGAUGGUUCUUUGGAACCAAGGCGUUCCAUCUUUAUACCGUUGAUAAAGUCAUCGCGGCGCUCAUCAAGCAGGUUCAGACGGUCGUGACAGACAACAAGUGCCAGGAACUGUGGUAUUUUCUGAAGAAGGCAAGAUCGGAGAACAGCUUUACACAGCAGGAUGUCAUGCGAUAUAGACGCGCCGCAGAGCGUCACGUUGGGUCCGAUGACAACCUUUACGGAGUUGAAUGGGAUGCCGGGUCCAAAGCGAUGCGCAUUCAAUUGGUGGGUGCGGAUGAAGCCAGCGUGAACGAUGGCGGUACGAGCGUCGGCCGAUGGAGGGAGUACGUCGAGAGCUACGUGAUGGACCAUCCCACGGAGUGGGUGGGCGGGGCAGGCGUCCGUAGAUCAAAGGCGACGAGCCCGAUUUUCCUUAAACGGUGGGCAAACCGACGGGAACACCUGACAUCGGAUGAUCUAGGAUCGCGGGAGACGGUGACGACGGAAGGGAACCUGGGGAUCCGGGUGAGCCUGGGGAGCUACAAGUUGUUCUACGAGGCGGGGACGGAGGAGACGGUGUGGCGGCGGCGGGGACGGGAGGAGGAGGCUGCUGUGUUGGCGAACGCGUCGGCACGAGAGGAGGAGCGGCGACGGAGCCGGUGGUUAGCAUGA